CUCAGGGCCCCCCCCCAACUAUGGACGAGCGGCUGCUGGGGCCGCCCCCUCCAGGCGGGGGCCGGGGGGGCCUUGGAUUGGUGGGUGGGGAGCCUGGGGCCCCUGGCGAACCUCCCGGUGGUGGAGACCCCGGUGGGAGUAGCGGGGGGGUCCCGGGAGGCCGAGGGAAGCAAGACAUCGGGGACAUUCUGCAGCAGAUAAUGACCAUCACCGACCAGAGCCUGGACGAGGCCCAGGCCAAGAAACACGCCCUAAACUGCCACCGAAUGAAGCCUGCUCUCUUUAGCGUCCUGUGUGAAAUCAAGGAGAAAACUGGCCUCAGCAUUCGAAGCUCCCAAGAGGAGGAGCCUGUGGACCCACAGCUGAUGCGCUUGGACAACAUGCUUCUGGCAGAGGGUGUGGCCGGGCCUGAGAAAGGGGGUGGCUCAGCCGCAGCAGCUGCGGCCGCCGCAGCCUCCGGAGGCGGCGUGUCCCCUGACAACUCCAUCGAACACUCGGACUAUCGCAGCAAACUUGCCCAGAUCCGCCACAUUUACCACUCGGAGCUGGAGAAGUAUGAGCAGGCGUGUAACGAGUUCACAACCCACGUCAUGAACCUGCUGAGGGAGCAGAGCCGCACGCGGCCCGUGGCGCCCAAGGAGAUGGAGCGCAUGGUGGGCAUCAUUCACCGGAAGUUCAGCGCCAUCCAGAUGCAGCUGAAGCAGAGCACCUGCGAGGCCGUCAUGAUCCUGCGCUCCCGCUUCCUGGACGCCAGACGGAAACGCCGUAACUUCAGCAAACAGGCCACUGAGGUCCUGAAUGAGUAUUUCUACUCCCACCUGAGUAACCCAUACCCUAGUGAGGAGGCAAAGGAGGAGCUCGCCAAGAAGUGCGGGAUCACCGUCUCUCAGGUCUCCAACUGGUUUGGCAACAAGCGGAUUCGCUAUAAGAAAAAUAUUGGAAAGUUCCAAGAGGAGGCAAACAUCUAUGCCGUCAAGACCGCUGUGUCAGUCACCCAGGGAGGCCACAGCCGCACCAGCUCCCCGACGCCCCCUUCCUCCGCAGGCUCUGGCGGCUCUUUCAAUCUCUCAGGAUCCGGUGACAUGUUUCUGGGGAUGCCCGGGCUCAACGGAGAUUCCUACUCUGCCUCCCAGGUGGAAUCACUCCGACACUCGAUGGGGCCAGGGGGCUACGGGGAUAACCUCGGGGGAGGCCAGAUGUAUAGCCCUCGGGAAAUGAGGGCAAACGGUGGCUGGCAGGAGGCUGUGACCCCGUCCUCAGUGACAUCCCCGACAGAGGGACCAGGGAGCGUUCAUUCUGACACUUCCAACUGAUCUCGCCCCUCAGGGCCACAGGGGUUGGGGCUCACAAGGCACCUCUUGAAGAGGACGCAGGCAUCCAGAGGACAAAACCCAGACAAAGGAGAAGCACAAGAUAGAGAAGGGCAAACGGGGGUCAUCCCCUCCCUGGCCAGACUCUCUCAGUGCUGGGGGUGCUGACUACAUGGCAGGGAAGAUGGGGCCUCUUAAGGGGAGAGUGGGGUCUGUCUCCCCCUUUUUUCCCUUUUUCAUUCUUUUUUUCUCCCCCUUUUUCUCUCACAUAGAAACACACGCACCCAGAAUCCUAUUUUUCAGAGUUUUCCUCUCCUCCUCUCUCAUACACGCACGUACAACUAUUCUCUGUCUCUCUCUCUCUCUCUCUCUCUCUCUCUCUCUGGGCUCCCCCACUCUCCUUCCCUCACCCCACUUAGCUGCUUUGGGAUCUGUGGAGAUGCCAGCCCUGCCCAGCCAGAGAUGCCAAAAAUGGGGACAUGACUUCUGGACAGAGGACAUGGGCCACGCCCCCUGUGCCUCCCCACCCCCCUGCCCCCCCAGACGGCUUUAUUACCUCAUACGCAGCUCAUCUUAAACCAAUAGAAUCGCUCGGUGGACGGGAGUGUCUGACUCAGAUAUCUACCUCGGAGGGAGUUUCUGCUACUUUAGGGAAUUGUUGACUGGGCUUUGGGGUUGAACUUUUUUUUAAAGGAAAGAAAAAUUAACCCUGGGAUCCAUCUGUAUUUUUUUUAAUUUUUAUUUCGGGGAUUUUUGGUGGUGGUGGUGGUUCUUAAUUUUUAAUUUAGUUUGGGGAAGUAGAUGUUUUUAUAAAUAUGCUGAUUUUUUUUUU